AUGGAUAACGAUAUAGCCACGUUCUUGGCGUUUACAGGCACAGAAGACGAAGCAACUGCUCAACGGUUUUUAGAGUUGACCGGUAACAAUGUCGAAUAUGCCGUGCAACUCUUCAUGGAGUCGGGUGCAAAUGGAGCCACCGGUGGCUCAUCUGGCAAUGCUGGAGCCAGCUCGAAUGACGAAGAUAUCGCCCAGAGGCUCCAACAAGAAGCUUACCAGGAAAAUGUCAGAGAUGCGGACACAAAUGUCCAUCGUCAUGAGACAUUGAUGGAUUCCUGGUCAGAUUUAGGUGCCAUGCAAAAUCCCGUCGACAGAAUCCAGGAUAUGUUUGGCCGGGGACGUGUAGGCGUGUUCAAUCAGCGCUUUGAGGAGGAGGAUGAUAUGGAGGACUAUGACGACGCUGAUGAUUCGGAUGAGCCACAGAUCGUGGAAUUGGAUGACGAAGAUGAUGAGGAAGGCGUGGUCGAUCUAGAUCGUGAAACAUUGCCACCCAGAAAUAGAAGGUCCAGAGUUCGUCAAGAAAGAAUGAAUGACUUGACAUCUACACAAAGAAGACUUGCACAACUUUUCAAGCCACCAUUUGACCUCAUUGAGCGCACUAACCUAGACGGUGCUAAACAAAAGGGUCGAGCCGAAAAGAAGUGGAUCCUCAUGAAUAUCCAGGACCAGAGUGAAUUCCAGUGCCAGGUUUUGAAUAGAGACUUUUGGUCUAAACCCGAAAUCAAGAAGUGUGUCAAGGAAAACUUUAUCUUCCUCCAAUUUCAGCAUGACUCCGUCAAUGGCGAGUCCUACGUCAAUUUCUAUCAUACAGACAGCUACCCACACAUCUCCAUCCUAGAUCCGAUGACAGGUGAAAGGGUCAAGAAAUGGACCGAUGGUGAGGUACCAGAUCCUGAGGAGUGGCUUGCAGAUGUCGAGCUCUUUUUGGAGAAAUUCUCGCUUGUUCCCGGCUCCAACAAUCCUCACGUUAAACACGAGGUCAAGUUCGAUCCUGACGCGAUGUCCGAGGAGCAGCAGAUCGAGUUUGCAAUGAGGCAGUCCGCUGCUGCUACCGAGGGCAAGACGGCAGAAGAUGCCAUUGCAAUCGACGAAGAGGAGGCAGCGGAAGAGCCCGCAGAGGAAAAAGAUGCAUUCGAGAGCAUUGAGCCCAAGAGUCAUACGGAGCCUACGGCUGGUUCGGUCACAAGAAUACAGUUCAGGUUCCCAAAUGGUAAACGUCUCAUUCAUAAAUUUGAUUUCGAGAACGAUUCUGUUCUCACCAUUUUUCAAUGGUUGAAACAAGUGCUCGCAGAUGCCGAGGAGUCCGCUUACGGUAUUAGUCUGUCGGACAGAUUCACUAUCUCCAGUGUGGGCAAGCCCAAAUUGCUCGAGUCUCUUCACGAGACGAUUGGUGCUAUGGGUCUCAAGAAUGCCAGUAUCUUGCUUGAAAAGGAAUGA